UGCCACGCCAUGCCCAAGUGUGUUCCAUUCAUUCAUUUUUAACACCACCACAAAGAAACAGAGAGAGAGAGACAGAAACACAGAGAGAAAAGAGAAAGAGAGAUCGAGUGGUAUUCCAACGUAGACAAAGCCACCACAACAAACAGACCUCUGCGCUAUUUCAACAACACUCUGCACUACUCUCUGCACCCACCCACUUCCUCCUCUUCCUUCUGAUUCCUAGCUCUCUCUCUCUCUCUCUCUCUCUGCUAUAUAUCUGUACCUAGCUAUUUCAACUAUUCCAUCAUGUAAAGAAUUCUGCUUUUCUUCCUACUACCCUUUUCCAAUUUCAGGAUCUGGAGGCCAUGUUUGCGUAAGUUGGAAGCUAGCUAGCUGGGUGCAUAAAGAUAAAUAGUCAAAUACAUGCAUCUGGACAUUUUUACCAGUGUGACUGUGUGAGUACCUCUAGCAACAACUAGGAACCUCUUUAGGGUGAAUCUUGCUGUUGUCACACAUUCCAAAGUCUCGACUUUUUAUUCCCAAGUCUCUUCUGCAUCGGCAAGGCAAGGAAGGUACUUCUGGUUUAUUGUUGGCCAUAAUUCGAUUCUAAUCGACUUAAAUGGCAAGAGUUUGUUGGCCAUACUUUGAUCCCGAGUAUGAGAACCUGAGCACAAGAAUCAAUCCCCCGAGGGUCUCUGUGGACAACUCUAGCUGCAGUGACUGUACCCUAGUCAAGGUUGAUAGUGUCAAUAAGCCAGGAAUUCUGCUUGAAGUUGUGCAAGUACUGACAGACCUUGACCUCAUAAUCGCUAAAGCCUAUAUCUCCUCUGAUGGCGGAUGGUUCAUGGAUGUGUUUCACGUCACUGAUCAACAAGGAAAACAGAUUACAGACAGAAAAACCAUUGACCACAUCGAGAAGGCUUUAGGACCAAAGGGCCACAUCACAGAAGUAGUGAAGACUUGGCCAGGAAAAAGGGUUGGAGUGCAUUCUGUAGGUGAUCACACAGCCAUUGAGCUAAUUGGAAGAGACCGCCCAGGUCUCUUAUCUGAGAUCUCCGCUGUCCUUGCCGACCUCCACUUUAACGUAGUUGCUGCUGAAGUAUGGACACACAACAGAAGAAUAGCCUGUGUUCUUUAUGUCAAUGAUACUACAUGCCAACCUGUGGACAAUCCAUCCAGAUUAUCUACCAUCGAAGAGAGACUCAAGAACAUCUUACGCGGGUGCGAGGAUGAUGACAAUGUAGGUCACACCAGUUUCUCUAUGGGGUUCACUCAUGUGGAUAGACGGCUCCACCAGAUGUUGUUUGCUGAUAGGGAUUAUGAGGGCCGUGGUGGAUUAUCAAAUGAGAUUGAUUUUCCUGCCUGCUUCCAACCCAAGAUCACCAUUGAGCGUUGGGAAGAAAAGGGAUACUCGGUGGUCAGUGUCCGGUGCAAAGAUCGUGCAAAACUUAUGUUUGACAUUGUAUGUACACUCACUGAUAUGGAAUAUGUUGUUUUCCAUGCCACCAUCUCGUCUGAUGGUCCAUAUGCAUCACAGGAGUACUAUAUUCGUCACAUGGAUGGUUGCACCCUUGAUACUGAAGGCGAGAAGGAAAGGGUAGUCAAAUGUAUUGACGCUGCAAUUCGGAGAAGAGUAAGCGAGGGUCUUAGGCUAGAGCUAUGUGCAAAGGAUAGGGUAGGCUUGCUAUCAGAAGUAACAAGGAUCCUGAGGGAGAAUGGAUUAUCAGUUAUAAGAGCAGGUGUCUCAACCAUUGGGGAACAAGGAAUGAACGUCUUUUAUGUUAGAGAUUCUUCAGGGAAUUCAGUGGACAUACAGAAAAUUGAAGCUCUUCGUAAAGAAAUUGGACACAAAAUGAUGUUCAACGUGAAGAAAAUUUCAACGAGUUCCAAGGCACCUGAGACACCUGAGACUAGUGGAUGGGCCAAGACAAGCUUCUUCUUCGGCAACUUGUUAGAGAGGUUCUUGGCUUGACAAGAUGUCCAUCUACUUGUAAAAGACAUAUUGCAAAUGUACAGAACAAUAAAUCUGUUCAGGCAGUUAACUGGACGGAGUUUCUGCAGUUGUAUACUUUGUGUAAUAUGCAUGCUUGUUAUUUGUAACUUUUAGAUCUUC